AAAGACAUUUAUCAAUAAUUUUAACCAACUAACAACUUAUAAGUAAAUAAAAAAACUUAACAUGAAAGUCAUUAAACUUAGAAUAAACAAAUGAAGUAUUUGGAUAAUAAUAAUGGUAUUUGGCCAAUACCAACAUCCCGAGUGUUUACUCUCCCAUUCGCCAUUGCCCCCCAUAUAUUCAAUGCACACAUUACCAUGAUCUAAUAUCCAUAUCCAUAUCCAUAUCCAUAUCCAAUAUUAGAUCCUAAAUUAACUCCACUUUACUAAAUUUUUCUUCUCUCACUUCACAGUUCACAUGCCAAGUUUUCAUCCAUGGACCUUUAUACAACUCUACUCAAAAACCUCUAGCAUAAUUCAUCACUUCUACUCCUUUUUCAAAGAAUCAUGUCUUGUCUCAGUCGAGAUAUGCGAUUUUUUCUAACAAGAAUUUAGGUUCGAUUCUCAUUGCUCCUCUAUAACUCUUUCUUUUCUCGACCUACCCUGUACCAGAAAAAACUCUAUUACCCCAAAUAGGUUUGCUUUUCCGAAGUCCCUUCCUUCAACCUACCCAGUAAAUCGCAUUUCAAUUAAUGGAGUCAAAAUUGGAAAUCUCAUCAUCAUCAUCAUCAUCAGGUUUCUUUAUACUUUGUAUCCUUCACUCCAUGAUAGCUCUAAUAUGUGGUUUUUCCAUCAUGUUUUGCCCAUAUGAAAUAUCAUCAUUUGGGCAUGGAUCCGAAACAGCUAGGAAGCUACUCGGGUUCGGGUUAAACCCACAUGAUCAACUAUUGAUUCAAAUAUCGGAUUCCUUUGUUGGGUUAUUGUUGUUUGUAAUUGGGUUUUUGUUGUUCAUGGUAGCUUUUAUUAAAGAUGAAGAUUUUCAAAGCUUUUUUGCAAAAGGCUGUAUUGUUCUUCACUUUGCAAUGGGACUUUGGAGGGUUAAGUUUGAAAGAAGAUUAGAAGAUCUUGCUAAUGAUUGGCCAAGACAAUUGGUUGGGGAUUUUGUGUUGGCUCUUUCUUGGGUUUUCUUUCUUGUGUAUUCUUGGAAUGAAAAGUAUGAUUAGAAUUUAGAUCAUGAGAAAGACUCAUUGUAUUUGGAAAAAAUAUUUCAUAUUCUCAAUAAUAUAAUACAGUAGGUUUUGGAUGAGACGUCAAUUUGGGCCAGCCCAAUUCGCGAGUGUAACAACCUGGGCAUUUUUUUAUUUUUCGGGUAUUUUUCAAUUUUGAUAAAUGCCCAGAAAAUUGAAAUAUUAUUACACGCGCGCAUUGGGCCGGCCCAAAUUAUGAGACCGUCUCGUCCAAGUUUGUGUGAAUAUAAUAUAUUAGUUUUUUACAAAUUUUCAAAUGAGACGAUCUCACGGUGAAAGCAUAUCUAUUGGGUUAGCCCAUGUACGCUUACACUCAUAAAGUAAUCACUUACAGUUUUAAAGUGACCACUUUUCAUAGUUUUAUACUGAUUACUUAUAACUUUAAAGUGAUCGAGUAUAAUCUUAAAGUGAUCAACUAUAAUGUUUGAUAUUAAUUAUGUAUCCAUGAGUACGACAAUAUGAGGCAAGUUUUAUAGUGAAAAGGUGUUAAUCUUGUACAAAUACUUUAUUUUACUUGUUUGGAACCUGUAUAUAGCACUCUAAAUAUCUUUGCUUAAAUCUACUCUAAAUAGAAGUAUAAUCUAUACUAUUUUGGGCAUUAGAGCUCUCCCUAUGUCUGCCUUUGUGUUUUGAGAUUUUGCUUUGUACUACAUUAGAGGAAUGAAAAAUACUAAAGUAUUUUA